UCUGCUCUUUCUUUGUCUGGGGCGCUCAGAUGCUAUCAGCUGCUGCUGUUUGCUGGGAGCACAGGGCUCAAGGCGGUCUCUAAACAGCACGGUGGGAGCUGAUGGCUCCGAGUUUGGGGCGAAGUAGAAACUCUCCCGUGCCACUUCCGACUGUAAGCCUUCCUGUUACCGGCCACUGUGGCGGUUUUCUUUCUGGGGACCGCGUUUUCGCUCAGUCGCUCCGCAGCCCGAGCCUGCAGCAGCGGCCAGGCGGCUGUCCUCGCGGCCGGGCUCUGCCCUCCAGACGCGCUCCGCUUCCAGAAGAGCCCAGCUCUUCCGAGAGCUCCUAAAAGCCCUCCCGCGUCCUUGUCCAGGAGCAAAACUAUGACAGGAAUGGAGGUUUGCUAAACCAGAAAAUUCGAAGGAGCGCAUUAAACUGGCGGAUGCAGCAGAUGUAAGCGCUGUGCAAACACCUCAAACCUGUUCAGAUGUUGCUGUUUCCUCAAGUUGCAGGUCUAUGGAAAUGCAGGAUCUCACCAGCCCGCAUAGCCGUCUGAGUGGUAGUAGUGAAUCCCCCAGUGGCCCCAAACUCGAUAACUCUCAUAUAAAUAGUAAUUCCAUGACUCCCAAUGGCACCGAAGUUAAAACAGAGCCAAUGAGCAGCAGUGAAAUAGUUUCAACAACAGCAGACGGGUCUUUAGACAAUUUCUCAGGUUCAGCAAUUGGGAGCAGUAGCUUCAGCCCGAGACCAGCUCACCAGUUCUCCCCACCACAGAUCUAUCCUUCCAACAGAGCAUACCCACAUAUUCUCCCUACCCCUUCCUCACAAACUAUGGCUGCAUAUGGGCAAACACAGUUCACCACAGGAAUGCAACAAGCGACAGCCUACGCCACCUACCCACAGCCUGGACAGCCGUAUGGAAUUUCCUCCUAUGGUGCAUUAUGGGCAGGCAUCAAAACUGAAGGUGGAUUGUCCCAGUCCCAGUCACCUGGACAGACAGGAUUUGUCAGCUACGGCACCAGCUUUGGUACCCCUCAGCCCGGGCAGGCACCGUACAGCUACCAGAUGCAAGGUAGCAGUUUUACAACAUCGUCAGGAUUAUAUACAGGAAAUAAUUCACUCACAAAUUCCUCUGGAUUUAACAGUUCACAGCAGGACUACCCAUCUUAUCCCAGUUUCGGCCAGGGUCAGUACGCACAGUAUUAUAACAGCUCGCCAUAUCCAGCUCAUUAUAUGACAAGCAGCAACACCAGCCCCAACACGCCUUCAACAAAUGCCACCUACCAGCUUCAAGAGCCACCAUCUGGCAUCACCAGCCAAGCAGUGACAGAUCCUGCGGCAGAGUACAGUACAAUCCAUAGCCCAUCAACACCCAUUAAAGAUUCGGACUCUGAUCGGUUACGUCGAGGUUCGGAUGGGAAGUCACGUGGACGAGGCCGAAGAAACAAUAAUCCUUCACCUCCCCCAGACUCUGAUCUUGAGAGGGUGUUCAUCUGGGACUUGGACGAGACCAUCAUUGUUUUCCAUUCCUUGCUUACUGGGUCCUAUGCCAACCGAUAUGGGAGGGAUCCACCUACUUCAGUUUCCCUUGGACUGCGAAUGGAAGAAAUGAUUUUCAACUUGGCCGACACACAUCUAUUUUUUAAUGACUUAGAAGAAUGUGACCAAGUUCAUAUAGAUGAUGUCUCUUCAGAUGAUAAUGGUCAAGACCUCAGCACAUAUAACUUUGGAACAGAUGGCUUUCCUGCUGCGGCCACCAGUGCUAAUUUGUGCUUGGCAACCGGUGUGCGCGGCGGUGUAGACUGGAUGAGAAAGUUGGCUUUCCGCUACAGACGAGUAAAAGAGAUCUACAAUACCUACAAAAACAACGUCGGAGGUCUGCUUGGUCCGGCCAAGAGGGAGGCCUGGCUGCAGCUGAGGGCUGAGAUCGAAGCCCUGACGGACUCCUGGCUGACACUGGCCCUCAAAGCGCUCACGCUCAUUCACUCCCGGACGAACUGUGUGAAUAUUUUAGUAACGACGACUCAGCUUAUCCCAGCAUUGGCGAAAGUCCUGCUGUAUGGAUUAGGAAUUGUGUUUCCAAUAGAAAAUAUUUACAGUGCAACUAAAAUAGGAAAGGAAAGCUGUUUUGAGAGGAUAAUUCAAAGGUUUGGAAGAAAAGUGGUGUACGUUGUUAUAGGUGAUGGUGUAGAAGAGGAACAAGGAGCAAAAAAGCACGCCAUGCCCUUCUGGAGGAUCUCCAGUCACUCAGACCUCAUGGCCCUCCACCACGCCUUGGAACUGGAGUACCUGUAACCACCACACAGCACUUUGAAACCGCACAACUGCCCUGUGACCAGGAACAAAUCCAGCAGGCCUGGGUCCCUGUCAGCGCCGGACUGGCGAGCGUACGGCUUUCAACAUGGUGACGCACAGCUGCUGUCGGACUUCACCUCUGCCUUUGUGGUGAAUGAAGGACCACGUCCAUCUCUUCAGAACAGCUGUAGACUAGUACUGUGAAUCCGAUGAAAAUAAGCCAUGAGAAUGUUCUAGCACAGCAUAAUGUGUCUUUGCCACAUUAACUACAUGGUUCAAACCUGUGAAGAAAGGACCUGCAGACGCCUACAGUUUUAGCAUCUUCAAUGUGACGUGAACAGCUUCUCUAGAACAGCAAACUUGAUUGCACAACCAAGACUGAAAUGUUUCCUGAGUACCAGUGGGGGAUUUUCUUGUAAAGAAGGUUUACUUUUCGGUGUCUCAUACCCAGGGUAAUCUGUACAUCUCUACUUAUUUAUGAACAGACUUUUUUAAAAACAGCUUUAUUGAGGUAUAAUCCAAGUACCAUUCAAUUCACUCGAACAGACUUUGUGGGCAUCAACUAACUAAAGAGACGAUAGCAUAAGAAAUAAGCAAUUAAAGGCUUUGGCCUAAUGACACAGCAAGUACUUUGAAUUUUAGCACAUUGCGAAGUAGUUUAAAGUAUGUCUAAUUUAAACAUAUAAUAUGUACAUCACUGAGACAAUCAUGUACAGAAAGAAUUUUUUGUGUAAAUUUGUAAUAAUGGAUGAUUCUUUUACAUAUUGUUUAGAAAAUGAUAUUGAGAGGUAGCAAUGCCUUGAUAGUGAAGUAUGAGGCAAUAUGGGCACAGACUCAUGUGCAGUGCCUUAUCGAAGUAUACUGGGUAUAAAUAUGUAGAUAAUGGGUUUUUGUUUGUUUUUUAGAUAAUGUUGUCAAGACCAAAAGCAUGGAUGUCAAGUGUCAAUAGGAUUUUGUUUCCCAAAUUUUACUUCCCCAUCGGCUCAUUUUUGUGUGUGUGCUGUUAGGAAGGCCUUGGUAAAAUAAUUGAGCAGUGUCUUAAGUCAUUUGAAUAAAAAGUCCUCUUAGAACCUCGCUUUUUCAUUUUCAACACUAAUGUAUUAUACGUAACUACUUGGAAAAACUGACUCUUCAAAUGUUUCUUGCCACAAAAAGAAUGUAGAUGAUAGACAUAUUUUGUUAAUAAAAUGGUUCAUGAAUCAGAGACCAGCGAAGUUUUCAUGUGCUCAGAUUAUAGUGUCCACAGUUUCUUGUUUAGGUACAGGAGGGCAUGACCACAUAUCUGGAAAUUAGCAAAACUUUGCGUUACUCUCACCAUGCAUGUUUCCUCUGUUUUCCUCCACACCCUCCCUCCACCCUCCCAGGAUAGUUCAUAGCUAGAAGGGGACAUGGCACAGUCAUCAUCACCAAGGAAAUAAUGUUACUCUUCACCUGUCGUACAUGUCACAUGACAAACCUGGGAGAUAAAAAUUGCCUCCUUCGUUGUACCAUAAAAACAGCUUCUCCAAAAGGGAUUAUUUUGGGCACAGUGUCUUUCACAUAGAGAGCCUACCACUGUCAUGAAAUUACUUUUUGGAUGAAUUUAAUAUUAUAUUGGGGAAAAAAAAAACACCAGCUUUGACCCAAAAUAGCUAAAGAGCUACUCUUUUUCUGAAGUUUCAUGUUGCUGCUAGAAUUAAUUGAAAAUUCUCUCCAAAUUGUUUAAUAAUUUUUUUUGCUUGAAGCAAACAGAAUUUGACAAUUUUUUAGCCUUUUCAUUGUAUGUUUUUGUACUCUGCAGACUGAAAAGACAAAGUUUAUCUUGGCCUUACUGUAAAGGUGUGUUGUGUCCACAAU